UAAAGGGACUUUAAAAAUGUCCCUGGGGUCCCAUAGUGGCCAGAAGGAGGAGGGCCCUGCCUGCAUGAAUUUCCCUCCAACAACACUUGAGCUGAGAACAGGAAUAUCAUCCUGACAAAAUGCUGCUGCUGAGCCAAGAUGAGUUGGAGUUUCCUGACGCGCCUCCUUGAGGAGAUCAACCAGCACUCAACUUUUGUGGGAAAGGUGUGGCUGUCUGUGCUGAUUGUCUUUCGCAUUGUGUUGACUGCCGUGGGUGGCGAGUCCAUCUACUAUGAUGAACAGAGCAAGUUUGUCUGCAACACACAGCAGCCUGGCUGUGAGAAUGUCUGCUAUGAUGCCUUUGCGCCCCUCUCGCAUGUCCGUUUUUGGAUCUUCCAGAUCAUCAUGAUAGCCACCCCUUCUGUGAUGUAUCUGGGCUUUGCGCUACACCGGCUCUCUCGCCAGCCCCCUCGGAAAAGCCGGGCCCCUGUGGUACGGCGUGGGGCUGUCCGUGACUAUGAAGAGGCUGAGGACAAUGGUGAGGAGGACCCUAUGAUCUAUGAGGAGGUGGAGCCAGAGAGAGAGGUGAAAGAGCCACAGAAUCAGAAACAUGAUGGCCGCCGGCGCAUCAAGAAGGAUGGGCUGAUGACAGCAUAUGUUUUGCAGCUGCUAUGCCGUUUGGUGUUUGAAGUGGGCUUCCUCCUGGGGCAGUACCUCCUGUACCGCUUCGAAGUCAACCCUUCAUAUGUGUGCUCCCGUAGCCCUUGCCCUCACACUGUCGACUGCUUUGUCUCCCGCCCCACUGAGAAAACCAUUUUUCUCUACAUCAUGUAUGCUGUGAGUGGGCUUUGCUUGCUGCUUAAUAUCUGUGAGCUAUUGCACCUGGGCUUUGGAGGAAUCCGGGAUGCCCUUCGUGGCCUUGACAAGGAUGGUGGUGUCCCUCCCAAGCCCCAGUAUGCUCGGAAGGACCCCUCUGCACCCCCUAACUAUAAUUCCCUCAAGAAGGAUCCUUCCAAGAGCCACCUCACUAAGGACAAAAUGGCUUAUGGUGGAGGGAAUUUAGCCGGCAUUGGUUCUGAUCGGUAUGCUGUUGCAUCAGGCCUCCCAAGCCAUGAGCUGGAGCGACUCCGCAAGCAUCUCAGGAUGGCACAGGAGCACCUGGAAAUGGCUUUCCACCUUCAGCCAGAGGACACAACCAGCCCUUCACGUAGUAGCAGUCCUGAAUCUAAUGGGCUGGCGGCAGAGCAGAAUCGCCUCAAUCUGGCACAUGAGAAAGAGGGUGCAGCCUGUGAGCGAACUACUGGUCUUUGAAGAUCUUGCUGGGCCUCACUAGGCAGCUGCAUAAAUGACAACAGGAAACGUCUGUGGAGAAUUGGCGUCUGUGGAGAAUUGGCAGCGUGUGAAUGUGUGCUCCUAGCCUGAAGAUUGGAAAUGCCCUG